AUGACCAUCUACUGAAUAAGGGGAAUCAUUUUCUCUCUUUUAUGUCAACUAAAACUCCAAUGGCUUUUCUUUCAUGGCCAAAGGAGAGCUUCCAACCCUUCUUGCUCUUUGCAUCCAUUUUCAUAGCGGUGUUGCUGAGUUUUUUCAUGAAAUUGAAGUCAGGGAAAAGAAAAUUCAAUCUCCCACCAAACCCUCCAAGGCUACCCAUAAUUGGUAACCUUCACCAACUUGGCAACAUGCCUCAUCUCUCUCUGCAGAGUCUGGCUAAAAAAUUUGGACCAAUCAUUUACCUUCAACUUGGUGAGGUCCCAACAGUUGUGGUUUCCUCAGCUAGACUAGCCAAGGAAGUGAUGAAAACCCAUGAUCUUGCACUAUCAAGCCGUCCAAAAAUCUUUUCAGCCAAACACCUCUUUUAUAAUUGCACUGAUGUUGCUUUUUCACCAUAUGGUGCUUAUUGGAGGCAUAUUAGAAAAAUAUGCAUACUUGAACUACUAAGUGCCAGCAGGGUUCAAUCAUAUAGCAUUGUUAGAGAGGAAGAAGUAGCACGUUUGGUAUGUAGAGUUGCACAGUCAUAUCCCAGCACCACCAAUCUAUCCAAGAUGCUUGGACUAUAUGCAAAUGAUGUUCUUUGCAGGGUUGCAUUUGGGAGGGAUUUCUCAGGAGGAGGAGAAUAUGAUAGCCAUGGUUUCCAAAAGAUGCUUGAGGAGUAUCAAGUAUUGCUUGGAGGAUUUAGCAUAGGAGAUUUCUUCCCUUCCAUGGAGUUCAUACACAGCUUAACAGGCAUGAAAUCAAGACUGCAGAAUACUUUUCAACGCUUUGAUAAACUCUUUGAUCAGUUGCUGACUGAGCAUGAAAAUCCCAAAAGAGAAAAAGAGGAGCAUAAGGAUCUUGUGGAUGUUUUACUUGAUAUACAGAGGAAUGGCUAUGAUGAAAUGCCACUCACCACAGAUAAUAUUAAAGCUAUCAUCUUGGAUAUGUUUGCUGGAGGGACUGAUACAACUUUCAUCGCCCUUGACUGGGGAAUGACAGAACUUAUCAUGAACCCCAAAGUCAUGGAAAAGGUACAAGCUGAAGUAAGGAGAAUAGUUGGAGACAGAAGAGUUGUUUUGGAGGGUGAUCUGCCUCAGCUGCACUACAUGAAAGCUGUAAUUAAAGAGAUCUAUCGGUUACAUCCUCCAGCUCCAGUAUUACUCCCAAGAGAAUCCAUGGAAGAAGUGAACGUUAAUGGGUACAAUAUUCCAGCCAAAACUCGGUUUUUUGUCAAUGCUUGGGCAAUAGGGAGGGACCCAGAAUCUUGGGAAAAUCCAGAUGUUUUUGAACCAGAAAGAUUUAUGGGUAGCCGUAGCACUGUUGAUUUCAAGGGACAGCAUUUCGAGCUGAUACCUUUUGGUGCUGGUAGAAGAAGCUGCCCAGCUAUCACAUUUGGAACAGCGAGUGUUGAGCUUGCUUUGGCUCAACUUCUACACAGCUUUGAUUGGGAGCUUCCCCCUGGUGUUACAGCUAAAGAUUUAGACAUGACAGAGGCUUUUGGCAUCACAAUGCACAGGAUAGCUAAUCUGAUUGUCAUUGCCAAACCACAUUUUCCCUUGGACCAUAAUGAUAAUCCAAAGAUUUAGUCAUCCUCCUGGGCCCUGGCACAAGAUGGUCCCAGAGUACAAUUUCGGCAUGAUGUUUGGCAUGGACCCAACCUUUAAAGGUGUUAUAUCCAGAUCUCUAUUCUCUAGUAGUAAAGAAGAAUGCUAUGUUUGUUCUUGUUUGGAGUUGUUGAAUGAGGGAGAGAGAAGUACAUGGAAAAUUCAUUUUGUAUGUGGUUUUAAUGAUUGGAAACUGGAAUCAGUUGAUUUUUCCUUCGAUAUCUUCUAUUCCAACAUCCCAAAAGGUAUGGGCCCUAGUAGGUUGAGAUGGUAAGUUCACUCCUAUUACGAGGCCUUGAGAGGCUCCUAUAAAAUGACUUUUCCAUGGAGUGUAUGGUGUACAAAGGCUCCCAAAAGGGUGGCAUUCUUUGUCCAGCAACAAGGAGAAAAAUACUUACAUGUGACAACCUUAUGAGGAGGGUUAUAACCUUGGUGAAUAGAUGUAUGCGCAAGUGUAGUAGUGAAACAGUGGAUCACUUACUAAUUCAUUGAACUACUGCUAAGGAGAUGUACUCUUUUGUAUUUACCAUGUUUGAGGUUCAUUGGGUGCUUCCUACCAGAGAGAGUUGUGGAUGUACUAUCUGAGUGGAAGAUUUGUGUUACUACUCAUGGCAACCUGUUUGUUUAGAAGAUAGUCCCACCGUGUCUAAUGUGGGUGAUAUGGUGGGACAGAAAUAACCGCACUUUCAAUUGUAAGGAGCUUUCAACCAUGGAGUUAAAGAAUUUAUUCUUGAGACUGCUAUUUUGAGAGGUCUUGUACUCUUGGAAAUAGUGAAGAGCAUUCAAUGUAGAAUUCAAAAGCUAUCUUUCCUUUAGAGCCUAAUUUUUCUCUGUUGUAAUAUUUUAGGAAAUUUGAGUACACAUCCUGUGUGCUUAAGUUUUUCUCUUCUCAAAAAUGUUAUUGCUUGUCAAAAAACAAAACAAAGCAUAGUCUAAUUCAAACUGAAAAGAAGGAAUUUCCAAAUGCUUAGUGUUAAAAUCACAA